UUCCGACUUCCCCCGCCACCACUUCCUGCAUGUGCCGGCAAUAUGGCAGCUCCCAUAGCGAUUCAUCUGGAGUUUGGUGGUGGAGCAGAGCUGCUUUUCAACGGUGUGAAGGAUCAUCAUGUGACUCUUCCAAGCCAAUCCGAACCUUGGGACGUGAAGCAGCUGCUGGUCUGGAUCCAACAGAACCUGCUGAAGGAACGGCCUGAGCUCUUUGUCCAGGGAGACUCUGUGAGACCAGGGAUUCUGGUGCUUAUCAAUGAUGCAGACUGGGAGCUAAUGGGGGAGCUGGACUACCAACUACAGGACCAAGACAAUGUUGUGUUUAUUUCUACUCUUCAUGGAGGAUAGCAAAUGAAUAGGGAAAACAAACAUAUCUUCCUUAUCUUUUUUCUCCACAUCCUCUGCACUCUCCUUCUCCACACAUCUCAACAACACGCCACCCCAUUGGACACUGGAUGUGUCAGCCUGCACCAUGAGGACUGACCGUGAUUGAUGUUGGUCCGCAGGAAUGAGUGGAAAAUCAGAGAUGGUUACCAAGAAAAAUGUAGAAACUGCGAGAUGGAAUUUAUGUGCAUGUUUGCGUAACAUUUUUAUAAAAAUCAAACAGGACAGGUGUAAAUCACUCAGAUUUAGCUCUCGUCGAACUGA